UUAAAGUGUAAAAUUUUACUGAACAAUUUAUGCUGUUUUGGAAAUAUAUUAUUUGGAAAAUAUGAACCAGCUGUGCAAAGUGUGCGGCGAACCGGCGGCUGGUUUUCAUUUUGGGGCUUUCACUUGCGAGGGCUGCAAGUCCUUCUUUGGCCGCACCUACAACAACAUCGCGGCAAUAGCAGGAUGCAAACACAAUGGCGAUUGUGUGAUCAACAAGAAGAAUCGUACGGCUUGCAAGGCCUGCCGCCUGCGCAAGUGCCUCCUCGUGGGAAUGUCCAAAAGUGGCUCCCGCUACGGCCGAAGAUCAAACUGGUUCAAGAUCCACUGUCUCCUCCAGGAGCAGCAGACGACGGCGGGAGCGGGAGGUGGAAGCGCCUCAGGUGGUGGCGGAAACGGUGGUGUAAGCAGCGCCAGCCUGGAGCAACUGGCUCGCCUGCAGCAGGCUAGUAACCAGGCGCGGCAAACGUACCAGGACAAGACCAAUCCCUGCAUCAAGUCCGCCACUUCCACAUCGCCGAGAAUCGAAGGAGCCGCUGUGGGAGCCGGAGUGGGUGUCGGAGCCGCCUCACCAUCCUUCCUGCAGGCGGCCAAGUUCCAUCAUCAUCACCAGCAUCAGCAUCAGCGGCACUUGAAGCUGGAAUCCCGCCUUAGCAACACGCCCAGUGACUCCGGAGCCUCCUCCGCUGGGGAUCCUAACGAAGAUGGAGCCACCAGUGUGCUCAGUGGUCACAUUGCCACAACAACAACCAACGCUGGCAAUCUGCCACGUUUUGAUCUGAGGAAUCCCAGCUUUCCAGCCAGCUCCGAACCGGAUGCGGAUCUGCAGCGCCAGCGACACCAGGAGCUGCUCGAGAUCUUUCGCAGUCACUCGGAGCCGCUGUACAGCUCCUUUGCACCAUUUAGCCACCUGCCACCCGUACUCCUUGCCGCCGGAGUUCCGCCACUGCCCAUUUUCAAGGAUCAAUUCAAGGCGGAGCUGCUGUUUCCCACUUCCAGCAGUCCGGAGCUGGACGAGCCUAUCGAUCUGUCGCUAAGAUCACGUCCGGAUCCGGCUAGUCCGGUGGCUCGCAGUUCCAAUAGUCCUAGCUUGAGUGAACCCGCUGCUGCAAGUCAUUGCUUAGGGGAAUCCCCGACCUUUGCGCGCAAGACCACGCCCCUCGAUCUCACUCUGGUGAGAUCACAGACCCUGACGGGCUGA